AUGAAUACAAGGGAAUUAUCAGAUGAAGAGCUGGCCGAAGCUAUUUCAGAAUUUUGUACGAAUCCAGAGUCAGCCAGGUCAAGGGGAUUAGCUCAUGUAGCUAGUAUGGAAAAUUCUUCCAGGUCUGGGAAGGGAAUGACAACAGAAGCUAUAGAAAAAAAUCCCUUGCCCCAGGAAACAAGUUCCCCCAAGAAGGAAUUAAAGACGCUACCGCCAGGACUCAAGUAUGCCUACCUAGAAGAGAACGAGAAUUUCCCGGUAAUCAUCAACAGCGAUUUGGCCAAGGAACAGGAAAGGGAGCUACUGGAGAUAGUGAAUGGGUCAGCCCGGUUCACAUGGUACCUAAAAUGUCAGGAAUUCAGGCACUUUUCAACACUGUAUAUGAGUAUCUUCUCGGAUCUACUAGAGGAUUGUAUUGAGAUUUUUAUGGAUGACGUCACUGUAUAUGGGGACUCUUUCGAGUCCUGUUUAGAUAGCUUGGACGUAGUAUUGAGGAGGUUCCAAGAAAAGAGUUUGGUCCUUAAGUUCAAGAAGUGUCACCUCAUGGUACCCAAGGGAAUCGUCUUGGGGCAUGUGGUUUCGGAGAAAGGCAUACAGGUGGACCAAGCAAAGGUUGAAGUGAUUUCGAAGUUGCCUUACCCAACGAAUCAGAAAGAAUUUAGGGGAUUCCUAGGGCAUGCAGGUUUUUACAGAUGA